GUGGACGGUGCGCGCAUGCGCGAUGAAUGAAAAUACUUCGCGCGGUUUCGUCAAAACCUAUCAAAACUGUGGAAAAAUAGGUAUCAUGUAAUGUUUCUGGACAUUUAACUUCACGUGUUUCUGAGGACAGCAACUGAGGCCAAGCCGCAGUUGAGCUGUAACUCAGAAGAAACAUGGCACCGGGGAAGGACCCUCAGUUGGAGAAAAUAAUUGAUAAAGUGUUAAAGAGUGGGCAUGUCCAAGCACUGGAUGUGUUCUUGCAAAUGAACACAUGUGAAGGGACCGCCAUAAAAUGUUCCCAACAGUUUCUCACCAAAUUGAAUAAACUUGUCAGCACGAGUUUGGAUCAAAAUGAUUUAAAGUCAGCCAGUUUGGGUCUCGCUGUCCUCUACAAGUGUGGGAAAAACCUGAAACUACCUGAUGGCUGUCAAGGACUGUCAGGAAUAAUAGCUCAAGGCCUGCUCAAAAAGAUGGUGCAGUGGUUUGAAAAAUGCAGGAAACUGUGGAUCCAGUGUGGCCCGCAGUGGGAUGAGUCCUUGUUCAACCUCUCUGAGGACUUCUUUGAUGCCUUAAUGGUGGUUCAUGAAGCAUGCAAAGAAGGAACAUACAAAAUCACAGAGUUAUUCCUGUUUCCUGUUGGUCAAUUAGCAGUAGACCCCAAAAUCUACAUCCUGAUCCAAAAAGAGGCAAUCCGUAAAUUUAACUUAAUUCUGGACAAGAUCCCAGUGGAGCUUAAGAAAGAGAGGAAGAUCCUAACAUCACAGGAGGCCUCAGAUAUCAUGAUCAAGCUGGCUGGUCAGAUAUUAAAGGGUGGUGAUUACGACUUGCAGACAGCCCUGAUGGAGGCAUUGUGCAGAAUGGCCACUAUUAACCAGAGGAAGCAGCUGGCAGAUAGAUGGUUCAGCAUGGAGCAUGUGGCCAGUGCAUUUGUCAAAAUCUGCGAUUCUGAGUUUGAGACGGAUUGUCGCAAAUUUCUGAACUUGGUGAAUGGAAUGCAGGGAGACAGGAGAAGAGUGCAUUCCUAUCCUUGUUUGGAGGUUUAUCUGGACAAGCAUGAGCUGCUGAUGCCCGCUGAUGAGAAGCUGGAAGAAUUUUGGAUCGACUUUAACCUCGACAGCCACAGCAUCUCCUUUUACUUCUCUUUGUGUGAUGAAGAAGCACAGGAGGGCCAGUGGGAAACAAUAUGUAUCAAUGAGAAUGAAGUCCAAAGCUACACCGUUACAGAGGAGGGCAAGAGGAAAGUCUUGCAGUUAAAGUUGUCAGAGGUGGUGGUCGUGGGUUCGGUGGAAGGCUCGAGUCUUAUCAUCCACUUCAGCUCCUCCCUGGACAUCCUGCACACUGCUCGUACCGUCUAUGGACACAGAAAAAACGAAGGCUUUGUGGGGAAGACAGGCAAAUCUGUAGUGAAGACUACAGUUAAAAUCAUAAUGGAAGAUAACAUCUCCCAGGUUGUUCCAGAGAGUCAGAUGUCCCUUGGUGAAAGUGAGAAAAAUACUGCUCCCUACCUACCUGCACCGUCUGCACCUUUACAGAUGGUGACCCCAACCAAGAUGAGGAUUUCAGAGUCGACCACCUUCAUCAGCAGCAGUGCAAGGGGAAGUGUGCAUGGUGCCAAUUCCUUCUCUGCUGUUAUCUCAUCAACCAAGGGUAAAGGGAAGCCAUGUCUCGAGAUGGUUCGUUCAUGUGAAAGGCGAGGGGAAUUGUACCUGGGAGAGCUCCGGACAACGGCUAAGACCUGCAGUAAUGGCACAACACCUAACAGCACAGUAGCAGGUGGCAUGACAGAGCAGAGUGCUACAUCUCUACAGAGCACGGCUUCCACACUGUCCAAUAAGAAUAAGGUUGGCAAACACAAAAAGAACAUACCACUGACGAAAGCAGUAGAAAUGGUUCUAGCUGCACAGGGAGAGGAACAGUCUCUGGAUUCUAAUUUUGUGCCUGACACCCAACCCAGAACUGGGAGAAACAUAUCUUUUAACUGGAACAAACUGUCAGUUUCUGAAAUGCUAACGAUGCCUACACAGAAAAUCAAUUCUCAGCCAAGAACUGAGUCUUGCUCAAGUUUGGCACAACAGCAGAAGCGCCCUUCCUCAGCACAGCGAUUGUCCGUUUCUGACAAAAGCUUAAUCAGCCAAAAGCAACUCCAUUCCGAACUCACCCAGCGCCUGCAGCAGGUCCUCGGUGAGAGGAACAAAGAUCCUGCACAUCAGGAGCCUUCUACAGCACAGACAAAAAUGUCUGAUAUUAAAGAUGACUCUAAAGGCAGAAGCUGUUUGGACCGGAGUGCUUCAACACUGUGUAGUACCAAAGAGCAGCAGGCCCAGAGCCUGGCCAAAGGGAAGAGCAAACACCAGAUGUCACUGGAGAUAGAUGCCACCCCAAUCAAAGCUCAAUCCAAGGCCUCCAAAACCAAAGCUCUGCAGAAGAGAGAACCACCGAAUGUUAAGGGUAAAACUAAUAGGGCCCUUUCAAGCAAAGAGAAGAGAGAUGCAGAGGUUACAGGCAGCAUGGUGAAGCUCAUCUCUAGCCGUUAUGAGCUUACCGCCCAAUCUUCAACAAAAGAUACUGCAGAAAUGAUCCAGAAUAGCCGGGUUCCUUCUCUCGUCAACAGGCCUAUCUUCAAUAUGAGCUGGUUAUCAACUGCUAAAAAAGAAGUAUCUGGAGGCGUAAGCCCAAUGAAAUCCCACAGCAAAACCACAACAAACUCUACGCAUCAGAAAAAAGAUGUUUUUGCUUUCAACAUGGAUGCAACAUUGAGUGUUGGGAGAAAGAGCAAAACCUUCAGCAACACUUCUGCCAUAUCAAGCAGUGGCAUUGAUGACUCAUCAGCACUCCUCAGCACAACCAAGAAAGGACAACCUGUGGCAAAAGAGAAGCGGCAUGUGAAGAAGCACCUGUUCAGCGACACAGACACAGACUGUGUCAUGACAGAUGUCAGCUGGCUGAGGGAAUCAAACAGGAAACCUAAACCCAAAGUUACCACAUACUCUAGGCAGGCGCCCGUCAAGCCUAAAGCUGUUUCUACUCAUACUUCAUAUGAAUCCCCAGAUAUACCCCCACCCUCUCAAAAACCUGGAAAGGGCAAUACCAAACCCAAAAAGAAGAAGCCUGAUGUGAAGGAGAGAUGGGAGCAGCCAAAAAAGACAGUGGAGCCAGCAGCAGCACCCAACAGACCACAUGUUGCAGGCAGGAGGCCCCAGAGAACUGCUGCCAUCUCUACCAAGAGCUACAGAGAGGCAGACACUGAUGACAGCCAGUCAGAAUCAGAGAAGGCUCUGUCUCCCAAGAAAUAUUCUGCAGGCCAGCGGGGGAAGAGCCGUUUAGAGGUUCCAGAGGUAAAGAAGAGAAAACCCUCCUCUGAGCAGUCCGCAGACACACACAGGAGACUGGACAGCAACAACCAGUCAGAUCUGAAAAAGCCAUCUGGAUACAAGCAGCAGAGGUCUGAGAAUGUUCUUCUGGAAACUUCGAAGUUUAAUAAGAAAAAUGUCGUCCCUGCCCAAGAACAGAUGAAUGGAUUGAAGGAUUCCUGGGCUGCCCGCCAGACCUCUUUCUGUCCGUCCCCUCCUUUCAUCGAGAGGAUGAGAUCUGCCGAGAGGUCAGCCCCAACCUUGGGUUUGACCUGCUCCCCUCUCCUCACCCCGCGGGGAUCCCCUCUCCCUGCCUCCUCCGACCCUCCCUGCGAGGACACCCCCUUGCCAAUCCUGCUGCUACCCAAACCUCGCUCUACAGUUAGCAGUGAAGGAAACUUUAGGCCAUCCUUUUUCUACAGUGCGGAAAAGAAGCGCAGCUCAUCCAAAACUCAAUCCAUCCUGUCUGGACCCUCUCUCCCUUCACUGACCCCCAAAGGUCAAACCCCUGCUGCCAGUUUUCCCCCAGGACCUCGUGCAGCAGAGAUAAAUCCAAUCCAGCAGAGUCUACCUUCAGCAUCUCAAUCUCCUUUGUCUCUGCCCCUGUUGACAUCCACACUCCUCGAGCUGGACAAGCCGUCCAUGCCCUCUCCUCCUCAGUCUCCGAUCCCUGAAGCCCCUGUCCAUAGUAGCCAUUAUGGCUUUAGUAAAAUGUCUUCAGUAUCCUGGGUUUCGAGCCAGUCGUCCACUAAAUCAUCAGUACUCACUAGUACAGUUAAGGACAGCCCCAUCGCUGCCCUGGCUGUGUCUCAUCAAACGGAGAAAACGCCUUCUUCAGACCGAGACGAAAAGUCUGAAGAGCUUCAUAUAUCAGGACCCAGUCGCAAGCGCCACAUCUCCUCAUCCAGUAAUUCCGAAGAAGAUGAGAAGGAAGAGAGGAAGAAAAGCAAGAUGAGAGCGCAGCAUUCUCCUCGGAUGAAACCAAGGAAGUUGUUCAAGUCCUUCGUUGGGGUGUCUGCUGACGAUGAGGUGAGCCGCGUGAUGUCCUCUUCGCACACAAUGAGCUCCAGUCACUGGGAGGCUGAGGUGGGGGAUGGAGACAUGGACAUGGAUGAGGAUUUUGAGUUGCCGAAAAUUGCUGUAAACCAGAGUGGCUUGUGCCAGCAAUUCAGCACUGGGCUGAAGAGGAAGUUCAAGAACCGUCACAAUAUGGUGGAGGUUUACAACAAGCAGUCUUUGAAGACCGUCCAGCAACAUGUCUCCUCCCUCAACAUUGAAGUUACCAAAUACAGGACUCAGAGGCUUGAACAGGUUCAGAAGGUCCUCUUGGACGAGAUCAACAAACUGGAGCAGGACGACACUGUGCUUAACCACAUGGAGACAGACCUGACUAUGUACUGGAAAAAGCAGACUGUGGCUUUCCAUUCUUACCAGGAGCGGGAAACUAUGAGCAAUGAGGCCCUGAAGAAAGCCCUCCGGAGCAACGUGUGUCACAGCUUGGAGUAUGAGGAGAGAAUAUUCACAUCCCAGAUGUGCCUGAUAAGAAAAGACAUGAAGUCGGUUCAGGACAGACUCCUCAGCGAGAUGCAAGAGGGGGAGAUCCAGAGUGUGAAGAGAGGCCUGCAUGCUUUGUUUUUCCCCUGAUGGAGUCUGGUGUUGAGCUGAAAAAUAUCCUGCCAAAGGUCUCUACACUAUAAACAAGGUUGUGUAUUACACCACAUGACGUACACUGCGCUGUUUACUUCAGCCGUGCUGGUUUCAUUUCACAAGUGUUUGAGUGCUGAUUGUUCCAGGUUCUGCUUUUAUUCUAUGUGGAUGUGUUUGGUUUAUUCUGACCUGGAUGUGUUGUUACUCAAUGUUAGCUUUUUUAUUAGACGUGUAAUGUUAUUCUGAUAUGUAUUACCUAAUGAAAUGUAUUAAUUUAAUUAUUUUUAGUGUUCUUGAAAGUAAAUACAGGUAAUAAGCGCUUGUUGGCUCUGUGAUAUUUUUAAUACAAAUUCCUGAUAUAUUCAUGUAGGUUAUUUAAGUACUGAAGAAUUUAACAUUUCACUUGUUAAAUACAUCAUUUGUUUUUAAAUACCUCUUCAACCUGAUUCUUGAUUGAAAAUAAAACUGUUAAAAAAUGAGAUCAGCCAUUCUUUAAAAAAGACCUUGUAUUUUGAAGACAAGUAGUGCUUACAAAGGUAUUUCUCUUUUCAGUGAAGACAUUGACGUCCCAUUCAGAUUGACAUACUGUAUGUACAUCCCCAAAACCACCUCCCCCAGACUGCACAGUCUUUACACAGUCCAAGUGACACAUUAUUCAUCAAUUAAGAAAAGGUGAAGCUGGUCACAUGCACAACUUCUUUCCACUACACAGAUUCACACUGCCUUGUCAAAGGAGUCCAUGAAAUAGUA